AAUUUUUAUGAGAUUAAACACCACCGCCUAUAAACCAAAUCCACGCAGGUGUCUCAGGAUGGGAUGUUUUGGUGAAGAAUCCACAUAGCUCCUCCUUCCUCUGCUUCGCAUCUUUGUGACUUCUCUUUACAGUGUCAGUGUGGUUCGGUUGCUUUCUUUUUGAAAAUACAAAUUUAUAAACAAAAUAGAUAACAAAAAUAUGAAAACAAACUAGAGUAGACACCGUCUGACUGUGAAUGAAAAAGGGAAAUCCCCGGCGGAUAUGCGCAAGGUCACUGCACAAUAUGGAGCUUUAGACUCUUUUGAACUUUAUUAUGAAUUAACAUCUGUGGAAUGCGCGCGCUCGCUCUCUCUCUCUCUCUCUCUCUCUUUCUCUCGGAGAAACUGAAACCAUCUCUGGCGUAAUCUCCGGCAGCGGGACAUUUGAGUCUUCUCCAAAUCUCCAAACGGGUCCUUGCUAAUUCCCUGCCAAAACUAUCCGUGGAUUUCUUCCUUCUAAUCUCCCAUAAUGCCCUAUUCGAUUAUUGUCAAUGCUGUCCGUCCCCGCGCUUCCGUCUCUUAAAACUCUUUAGUUUUUCUACUGAGCUGGUCAGAUGAGGCACUGUCGCGCUAGGCAAGUCGAUGAGGAUAGCUUCAAAUAGCUUCCCGAUUUACGCAAGGACUUGGGAUCUGAAUUUUAUCAGCACUGAAAUAUGGACUAUGCAAAUUAUGACAGUUGACAAGGGCUUUUUGGCUGUAGACUGUUCGCCGGGCAUGGCUUUCCUCUUCGCUUGCAUUUUCCUGUCUUGUGCUGGCAAUGUUUGGGGAAACCAGCGGACUGAAGCGAGUGUCUAUUUGGAUAACAUCACGCGUGUGUUGGACAGGCUUCUAGAUGGCUAUGACAACAGACUUCGACCGGGAUUUGGAGGUCCUGUUACUGAAGUAAAAACUGACAUCUUUGUCACAAGCUUUGGUCCCGUUUCAGAUGUUGAAAUGGAGUACACGAUAGACGUGUUCUUCCGGCAAACGUGGGUGGACGAGCGGUUGCGGUUCGAGGGCCCCAUCGAGAUCCUCCGGCUGAACAACCUCAUGGUCAGCAAGAUCUGGACGCCGGACACCUUCUUCCGGAACGGCAAGAGGUCCAUCUCUCACAACAUGACCACUCCCAACAAGCUGUUCCGCAUCAUGCAGAACGGAACUGUCCUGUACACCAUGAGACUAACUAUUAAUGCAGAAUGCCCAAUGAGGUUGAUGAACUUUCCCAUGGAUGGACACGCCUGUCCCCUCAAGUUUGGUAGCUACGCCUAUCCCAUCAGUGAAAUCGUUUAUACCUGGAAGAAAGGCCCCUUGUUAUCAGUAGAGGUGCCAGAGGAGUCGUCGAGCUUGCUCCAGUAUGAUCUUAUAGGGCAGACAGUGUCCACUGAGAGAUUAAAAUCCAACACAGGAGAGUACUCUGUGCAGGUCAUCUAUUUUUUCCUGGAAAGGAAAAUAGGUUUCUAUCUCAUUCAGACAUACAUCCCCAUGUUCAUGACCGUUAUGAUGUCGCAAGUUGUGUUCUGGAUAAACAAAGAGUCCAUCCCCGCACGAACCAUGGCUGGUAUCACUACGGUCCUCACCAUGACUACCCUUAGCAUAAGUGCCAGGCACUCGCUGCCCAAGGUCUCCUACGCCACGGCCAUGGACUGGUUCAUCGCCGUCUGCUUCGCCUUCGUCUUCUCCGCCCUCAUCGAGUUCGCCGCCGUCAACUACUUCUCCACGCUGCAGGCCAACCGGGCGCUGCGCAAGGCCGCCGCCCAGAAAGCCGCCGCGAUGGAGGCCGCCGCCGCAGCCAACGAGGAGGAGCAGGUCGUCACGCCCCAAUCGGACGCCAACAGCAACCUGAAGAAGAGGGCGAGCGCCGCGCCCGCGCCCGUGCCCGCGGACUCGCCCGCCGAGCAGUACCCGCCGCAGCAGGUGCCCGCGUUCCUCCUGCAGGGCUCGGCGGUGCCCGCCAACAACCUGCUGACGGGCACCAGCAUCAUCGACAAGUACGCCCGCAUCCUGUUCCCCCUGUCCUUCGGCGCGUUCAACCUGGUCUACUGGAUCGUCUACCUCACCAAGGACACCAUGGAGCUCUCCAGGGAUAAGGAGUGAGCCCCCCCUCCCGGUCCCGCCUGUGGAAGGACGUUCUCAGGCCAACAGGGGGCGACAAUGAAGCGCAGCGGGGGGGGUUUCUCCUCCUUUGGUUUUUUUAUUUUCUGGAUUGGGGGGGGGGUUGGUGGGGCCUUUACCAUUGGAGACUCAAAGCCUCACCACCCCAUUAUCCUCCUCCCCCCCCACACACACACACGCAUGCACGCACGCACACACACAUGCACACACAGGAUACACUCACACUCAUGCACGCACACUCUCUCUCACACACACACACACACACGCACACAAAGAGCACGUAGUGCUUCCGUUCCUCUCUUUCAGGCCCAUUCCCACACGCGCCUCUUUGUUUGAAUGAAGGCCUUUUCCUUAGUAGCGGCGAAGCAUCUAAUGCAAACCCUCGGGCUGCCUCCUCUCGGCCCCGCGUGAUUGGACAGCCCUCAUACCGGCACGCGUGAUUGGACAGCCCUCCUCUCGGCCCACAUGAUUGGACAACCCUCCUCUUGGCCCGCGUGAUUGGACAGCCACGCCCGUUCGAGGGGAACCCCAAGUGAGGAGGAGGAACUCACCGUUGCCCCUGAGGGGUUCUUCGUCUCAUCUUCCUCUUCCCCUCUUCUUCCUCAUUUCAACUUCAGGAUGGUCCGUUUCUGACGGGCACACGGCGAUGCAGCCAUUUUUUAAAAUGGAGAAAAAAGCACAGGCCGACUGUUACUGCAAGGUUCGUACAGUCUAUUUCAGCACAUCAGCACGCAUAAAUACACCCACACAAGCAAACUGAGCCUUGCAUUAAACACCAUACUCUAAAACUUUACCAGACGCUUUUAUAUCAUAUAUGGAAUUUAUGUUAUUUGCAUUUACAUGUUCCUGUGAUGUACCUAUAAUUCACUGGUUUGAGUGCUUUAGUGUCUGUAAUGCACUCCAGUAACACUCUUAAGAGCAUUUGUGCUGUGCCAGGCAGCCUACACCACUCUGUUCUGCCAUUUUAAUACACAGCAUUUUUUUUUUUUUUUGAGAUGAUUAUCUUGCUUUUAGGCGCUCUGCUGUUCAACGUUCAAUUAAAUUCAAUUCAGUUUUAUUUGUAUAGCACUUUCUGCAGAGACACUGUCACAAAGACACUUUACGAAAGAGAAUGGAAAGGAAGUUUGAGCAAAAACCAGGCCUGGAUUGCCAAGCAGUGAGCAAGUGAGGUUAAAAAAUAAAAUAAAAUAAAAAACCUGGCUAUUGAGUGGGAGCCCAUCCUCCACUGGCCAGCCCAGUGUAAUAAGUAAGACAGAAUGAAUGGUAAUGGAAAUGAUGGCUCUCAGUGAAAAUGGGUUGGGCAGGUUACAGUCUGAGGUGUCAGCUGGUAAAAUAGACAGUUCAAGUGAAGACGUAUGCAUUACUGUGUAGGUGGGUGAUGCAUCUCUGACUCCAGGUUGUGUCAUGGUGUGGGCUUGAACCAGGAGAGAGACGAAGCUGGAGGGGUUUGUGAACUUUGGUUGGGGCGGUUUGGGCAGGGGGGUGCGGGGGGGGGGGGUUGGUUUUGUGGAAGAAGCACUUGGGAAGAAAACGGGGAUGGAGAAGUUUAGGCACUGUGUCAUUUCGAGAUGAACUGUCGCAUACGUAAUGGCCUAAGUGUACUAUGCCAUGCAAUGGCUACACAUCUAAAGGGUGAGAGUUACACCCACGAGAGUUACCUUGAACUGCCAGCACUCCGACAUGACACAGAGCAGCAAGCCAGAACGUUCCACAUGCAGUAGGCCGGGCGCCAGAACAGUCAGCCCAGCAGCACAGAUCAGCCCACAAAACAGCUCAGCUAUCUAGAGAUAUGUUGAACAUUUUGUUAUGUACAGUUUGUCCUUAACCCUUUGACGAGUGGGUUUUCCAGAAUUUUUAUUAUUAUUUCUUUGUCCUUGAAAAAUUCCACACCAGUGUUCAAGAACUCCAUUCCUUCCAGUUGCCAGCAGUGAUUGUGACAUCAGCUUUGGAAUGUUCGGUUAAGAACAAUCCGAUCGCGCGCUUGUGAUCUCACACCUUAAAGGGUUAACAGCAAUCUCUCGUAUUCUGGAGCUUGCCCUUUGUUAGCGUCUGUGCGAUGCGCGCCCUCGGCCUGUACGCGUUGCCCGUGGCCUCUGUGGGAGCCGGGGGCGUCCGCAGUGGGUUUGCAUUUACACAGAAAGCCUGUCGGAGGAAAGGGUAGUGUGAAAUUCAUCAAUUCUGAAUCAAUUUGGACUGCAGAGGCAGAUAAUCUGUUUACUGUUACUUUUAUAAAACUGUAUGUGAUGCAAAUUGGCUUAUGCGGGGUGACUUACAUUUCCUGUGUUUUGAUUUAUCCCCCCACCCCCCCCACCCCGCAUCUGCAUGUAUUUACUAGACACAGAUAUAGGGCUUGAAAAGGCAAUAUUCAUGUAAGUCAGGUUCCUAGGCCACUGUGCCGUACUGCUGCCCUAAGUGUUUAGGUAUUAAGAGAAUGAUAUUCUCCAAAUCUCAUCUAGUGAUCCGCGUUCAGUUAGAUCUUCAAACGGUUUCCGUAAUCUCAGAAUAGCCUCCUAACCAGGGAGCUGACUGGUGACACCGUUUCACUGAAUUAAAAAAAAAAAAAAAAAAAAAAACUUAACAAAACCGGUCAACCCGGAGUCAAUAUUAACAGAAGACUAUAAACAAAACACAGAGCACAAAAGACCACGACACUGAGUGUCGUGGUUACCGAGGUAGAACUGAGACGUGAAGAAAAGCAUAUCAACAUAUCCUGUGCAAAAAAAAACACACAAAAGGCAAGAACAGACGACUCCGGCAGCAGCCCCUCUAUGCAUUAAAUGUGAAGUGUCAAAGGCCUUUAUUUUUGGGGCUUGCGGAAAGCCCAGCUUAGACGAAACCCCCGAAUUUGAAUCGCGAAGCCUUUUUUGCCCUGGACCUCCUCGCUGAGCCUGGCUCAGCCAUUACAGUCUGGCACGGUUUCCAAGCAACAGAGCGCCACUGAAGAAAUAUGUAUUUCUGUAAUGAUUGCUUCUUUGCACCCUGUUUUUUUUUUUUUUUUUUUUGUAUUUGCUUUUGUUAUUUUUUUAAAAACUUAAUUAUUUUUUUUUGUAAUUACCGCUGUCUGGUUUUGAGUGAAAACAGUGUAACAAUGUUAGUGUAAUUAUUCAGUAAACUUGACAGCUAUUGACACCACAUAAAACACCUCACGUAAACACAGUGCAUCGUUCAUUCAUCUGUUAAUAAUCCUAACACUGUAUUUGCAUACCAUUAUUUUCCAGCUCCAAUCGAAUGAGGAGACAUAAAUGAUUUAAUUAUCAGAAGCUUUCUGUUAAUAUCCUGAUAUAUACAUAGCACCAUAAUUUAUCUGUUGCCAGUCAGGAAAUGCACAAUCCAACAACACCCACGCAAAUAUGCAGAUAUGCAGCACACAGUUCAUCCUUAUUGUUAUGAUUGUUGUUAUUAUCAUUAUUAAUAUUACCAGGGUGACCUGCAUGGUUUACAUUAUUUUUUUACAAUUUCUCUAUUAAUACAGUUGGAUAUUGUUUUUUACAAGUUCUGUAUUUAUACAGUUGGAUAUUUACUGGAGUUAUUCAGGUUAAUGCACCUCUUUCCAGAGGCUUCAACAGCAGAAACCCUGUUGUUUUGAACUCAAAGCCUUCUGGUUUCAGGACUUGUCCAUUAAAACGUUCUCCUACGCCGUUCCGUGCUCCCUUUUGUGAGUCGUCGACUCUAAUCUCGUGUUUUCACCUGACCCACCUUAGCUGUAGUUCAGCUCCUCCUCGGGCGUUGCCAUAGAAAUCUGACCCGAGCAGGCCGCACAGGUAUGUUGGACAAUAGCAGGUUGACCCAGAGCCCGAGUGAGCGGAAAUGAGUGAGCGUGUUUGUUAUGUGUUGAAGAAGGUCAUUUGCUUUCCUUUUCCCCUCUUUGUAGGGUACAGUGGCGCGGUCCUGUUUUCAUGUCCUCAAUAGUGGGACGCAGGGGCCCCACCAGGGACUUGGGGCCCCAUGAAAAGGUCUCACAUUGGCCCCCACCAAAGCAUAAAAUUCUAUUUUCCAAUAUUUUUUUUGAGGACCCCUCCCUGUCAGUCAGAGCUUUUGGAAUCAUCCUGACCCCCCCCCCCCCCACCUCCCCUACCCCUUACGGCACCUGUGGUGGGGCAUUAAGGGGUU